AUGUUUUUAGAUUAUAUAAACUUUUAUAUCCCAAAAAUUUUUAUUUCGUCUAGCAUAUAUUCUCAAGAUGAUAAAUUUUUUAUAUAUUUUUUUGCACAAUCAAAUUCACCACGAACUUGCAAUGACUUAAAUGAGGAAUUAGAAGAUGAACAGUCCGAUAGUUUAGAUUAUUUGAGUUUAAAAGCUGAAGAAAAAGUAUCAGUUUCAAUAUCAGCUUCUGUAUCUGAAAAUAAACUAGUUUCAAAUAAAUCUGGUCAAAAAAGAAUACCUUCAUGGACAAAGAAAUUUUUUGAUACUUUUAGGCUUGAAAAAAAAAGAAAAUAUAAUGUUUUAUUUAGUUCAA